CGAAAUGGCGUUUGUUUGCAUACGAGCCAGUGAGAGGUGUGGACUGAAUAGUUGUUAAUAAAUUGCUCCGAGUAUUUGUGUAUAUAUAUUUUAUAUUGGAAGCUUGUUAUUGUCGGUUUGGAACACAACCGUCGAAAAUUAUGACAAAUUGAGCGAGUCGUCUCUUGAUUCAUAUCACGAAAUUCCUGCGGAAUCGUGAGAGAAUCGUGGUCUCCAAUUUAUUAAAAACAACUGGGAUGCUUAAUUUGUCCAGAAUCGUGAAGCUCUUGAAAUGUUAUUACUGCAUAUAAUUCAUUAAAAUGUAAGUUUAAUUACAUGAAGUUCAAAAUGCACCUAGGGUUUUUUUUUUUGUACAUUUUGUCGUCUUCAGUUGAAUAAAAGACUGUUUUCCCUAUAUAUUUCAUCAUUGAGGAUUUCUUAAGAAACAUUUAAAAAUCUCGUCUCGUCUAGUUCUCUUAGUCUCGUGUCUCCUCUCCUAGAAUAAGUGUCUCGUCACACCCCUGUUAUUAACAUUUUAUAUAAAAUGAACAGAUGCUUUAGGGAAAAGCGCAGACAGACUGAAAGAACGCACACUCAGUCUUUGCCAGCAGGUGGCGCUUAUGGAAUGGGAGCGAUAUAACGUUUCUAUGGUUACCGCUGUAAACAAAGCAGCCCCGCGCUUAUGAACGCUACUUUAAAUACGUCAUACAUGGGCAAAUGAAAAGAAAACGCCAUGUAAACUUUUCUUUAAACAGUCCGUUCCCCUUACAGAUACAUUCACAUAAGCCACAAUUUCAGUAUUCGGAUAAUAUUUCCAAUAUUUGUGCACCGUGAUCUUGCUCUGCCUGCUACAGUAUUUUUUUCCCUCUUUGCGUUCCUCUUUAGCGUCUUUGGCCUCUGUUAACGGAUGUCUAAAGAGUUCGUAAUAUUUCCACACACAUGACAUUUUGAAAGAAGAUUGCAUGCAGUUCGUGUGCAUGUCCGGAAUCGUGUGCAUCUGUCUCCACUGUAUAAAUUAUGUAUGUAUUGAUCAUUGUUAACCGUCUGGGGUCGUUUGUGGCAGUUUUUCUGAUAACGCCAAAAAGAACUUAAAUUACUCCGUCAUUUUUUUUUUUAUUUUUUUUUUUUACGUACAGAUAAUAGCAAUACAUCAAUCGAAUCUGUAAGGAGUCUACUUUUAGUUGUUACACAUAACAACAACAUAGCAAACAAAAAAAUAAACAGGCAAAAGCAAACAAACAGGGUGUGCAGUCUGCUGCGUUGUUCUCUGUGAUCGUCAUUAAGAAAUGCGUCACUAAAAUGAACUAAAACUCGGCGAAUACUGGACACAGAGACAUGAAUAUAUCUGUAGAAAGCCUGACAUGUCUACUUUUAAACGAAGUAAGUCUAAUCAAAAACAAAUAUCAUGUGUUAAAGUAAUUUGUAUGAAACCAACCCCAUGUCCAGUCUUUCUGGUCAGACCUAAUUAUUUUUAAUUUGAUCACGCCCAGCUACUUACACUUUUGAUAUUAUAAUCAGCCACAUUAGGCGCAAGCUGCGUACCGCCCACAUCAACGUAAACAAAUCAGCGAGCCUUGUCUUCAUUGUUUAUCUCGGCUACUUGCAUCUUGUUACUGGACGAAGACGCGCUGUGAGGAGUAAGAUUUAUAUUUCCCUCAGAGGAAGAACGCGAUGCGACGUACGGCAAGAUCCACCGAAGGAGUAAGUCUUUAUUUUAUUAGCCGAUUUACGUUAGUUGUUGUGUUACUGUGAUAUAUAUGAAGUAUGUUUCAUUUCAUUGCAUUGAAAUGUUUCAGGACAUCAGAUGUUUUUAAUGUUCUAUAAAAUGAAAAUGAUGCGAUAUAAAAGUAAGUGUUUACACUGUGACACUGAAUGAUAGAGUCUAAGGUUUAGACAAAAACUACUCAAUGUUUAUGAUGUGCUUCACAAUAAUACAUUAGUUUCCCAGACAUAAAAUGGUUUUGUAUUGUAUAACACAUACAAAGCAUGCUUGUGUUUAUGACUAUAAAAAUCAUAUUUAUUUUUUUAUUUAUAGUAUAACAAUAGGAUAAUAUUAGUUUGUUAAUAAUGCUCUGUGCAUGAAUAGAUGUUUAACGUGUUAAUAAUAAUUAGUUUCUCAGAUAUAAAAUGCCAUUUUUUUUAAGAUGGCAUGAAACAUGUUUGAGUCUAUGACUACAAAAUCAUACUAUAUGUAUAUAUUACAGAUGCUCCUGAUAUUAACAUGCUCACAGAUGUUUUAUUUUUUUCUAGUGAUCUGCACCACAGAUUAAUGCUAUAUGAAGAGUGCUGUACCAACAUCAGAUGUUCAGUUACCCUGAUAUUUUAUUGUAAAACAAUUUCCUGGACUACUGAUGAUGAGUUGUGUUUCUUGAAUCCAUGGAAAGAAGCAGCAAUCACUUAAAUAUCAGAUUGUUUCUACCUGACAGUCACAGACUCAUUGAUGGGCCAUUAGAGGAGGGCCUUUUGUCUCUCAGUGCAUGAAGAGAAUGCUUAGCAUUUCAAGCCAGAUGCCAACUCAGAUGCAACUUUCCUUUCUAAAUAAAGGAGGUUCGGAUCUUCACACUGGACUGAGUUCUGCAUAUUCUUCAAAAUCUUCAGAUGGUCAGUGGAUGAAGAAAAACCUCAUAUUUGAGGAGGAACAAGAAGCCACUGUCAAAACACAAUGUGAAGACAAUAAUGUAAAUGCAAAGGUGUUGCAAAAUAAGAAGCGUAAUGGAAACAAAAGAGUUUAUGAAUGCCAUGUGUGCCUUAAACGAUUUGGUGCCCCAUCCAAACUAAAAAGGCAUUGCCUUAUUCACACGGAUCAGAGGCCAUUUCAAUGUUCCAUAUGCUUUCGUGGCUUCAGAGAACGCUCUCAUCUAAAAGUACACCUCAAAACUCACACCAACCCUUCAUCACCAGAUCAGAGAUCACAGACGAAUACACAGAUUACAACUUCCAGUCCAGUUUACCUGAAGCAGAAAAAUAACGGUGAGAAUCAGUGCAGCAUCUGUCUGAAGAUCUUUGCAUAUCCUUCUAAGCUUGCUAGACAUAUUUUGAGCCACACGGAUAUCAGACCAUUUAAGUGCCAGAUGUGCUUGAAAUCAUUUCAAUUUCGAUGGCAUUUGCAGUGCCACGUGAAAACCCAUAAAAAAAAGGGUCGGAAGAUAAUUGCUGGUCAUUUGGAACAGGAUCGUACCGUUUCUUCCAGCAAUGUAGAAAAACCUAAAGAACAAGAUGUGCACACAUCCUCACAAGAAGGAGCUGAAGACUCUUCUACAGUUCACCAAGAUCAAAAUAUGGUUAAAGAGAGUAUGGUGUAUCAGAAAAUGAGUGGUGACUGCCGUGAUUCAGAUGUAUAUUUGCAAGGGACCCUUUUAAAUGAAGGAGAUUUGGAUCUUCGAACUGGACAGAGUUCUGCAUAUACUUCCCAACCAGAGGGCGAGUGCAUGGUAAAAAAAGAAGAAUUUGAGGAGGAACAAGAAGCCAGUGUCACAACACAAAGUGAGGACAAUGAUGUAAAUGUGAAGGCGUUGCAAAGUAAAAGUCGUAACAGAAACAAAAGAGUUUAUGAAUGCCAUGUGUGCCUUAAACGAUUUGGUGCUCCAUCCAAACUAAAACGGCAUUGCCUUAUUCACACGAAUCAGAGGCCAUUUCAGUGUUCCAUAUGCUCCUCUGCCUUCAGAGAACAUUGUCAUCUAAAAGCACACCUCAGAACUCACACCAACUCUUCAUCACCAAAUGCAGUCAUGCCUGCCGGAAAAGGGAUCUUACCAGUAUCCAAGUCUUCUGAUCGCAUAGGUACGUUUCAACGCAAACAGAAAAAUGGAUAUCAGUGUGAAAUAUGCUUGAAGAAAUUCAGGUUCCCCUCAAAACUAACUCGACAUCUUUUCGUUCAUUUUGAUGUCAAGGCUUACACUUGCACAAUCUGCAGAAAGUCAUUCAAACAGGCCAAUUAUCUCCAUAAACACCUCAAGGUACAUACAGGAAAAAGAAAUGAUAAUUCUAGGUUGUGUAGAGUCCCCCAAAAGCAUGGGCACAAAUCUCCAACACCUGGAGCUUUAAAAAGUACAAAUAACUGCACACCGGAUAUUGGAAAUGUGUGUUUACCUCAGAUAUUAGACUCUUCAGAGACCAAGAAGCAUCAAAAACCUGAAUGCCGAGGGAAUCUUCACCGAAGUGUCCAUUUGAUAGAGUCAAAUUCAAGUACCAUAGAGAUUAAAAGCUCUAACGCUUGGAAAAAUACUGAAGAGCAGAUCACGAGCCCAGUUUACCUGAAACCCAAACAUAAAGGUGUGAAUCAGUGCAGCAUCUGUCUGAAGAACUUUGCAUUUCCUUCUAAGCUUGCUAGACAUAUUUUGAGCCACACAGAUAUCAGACCAUUUAAGUGCCCCAUGUGCGUGAAAUCAUUUCAAUUUCGAUGGCAUUUGCAGUGCCACGUGAAGAUCCACAAGAAAAAGGGUCGGAAUGUAAUUGCUGGUCAUUCACAACAGGAUUGUACAGUUUCUUUCAGUAAUGCUGGAAAUUCCAAACUACAAGAUGUGCAAAUAUCUUCAGAAGAUGGAGUUGAGAACUCUGCUACAGUUCACCAAGAUCAAAAUACGACUAUGGAUUCUCAAAAAAUGAGUGGUGAUUCCAGCGAUUCUGGUGUAUGUUUGCAAGUUUCCUUUCUAAAUGAAGGAGGUUCAGAUCUUCAAACUGGACAGAGUUCUGCACAUACUUCCAAACAUUCAGAGGGCCAGUGGAUGAAGCAAAAACAAGAAUUUGAGGAGGAACAAGAAGCCAGUAUCACAGCACUGAAGCCCAAACAUAAAGGUGUGAAUCAGUGUAGCAUCUGUCUGAAGAACUUUGCGUUUCCUUCUAAGCUUGCUAGACAUAUUUUGAGCCACACAAAUAUCAGACCAUUUAAGUGCCACAUGUGCAUGAAAUCAUUUCAAUUUCGAUGGCAUUUGCAGUGCCAUGUGAAGAUCCACAAGAAAAAGGGUCGGAAUAUAAUUGCUGGUCAUUCGCAACAGGAUCGUGCUGUUUCUCUUAGUAAUGCUGGAAAUUCCAAAGAACAAAUUGUGCAGAUAUCCUCACAAGAUGGAGCUGAGGACUCUGCUACAGUUCACCAAGAUCAAAAUAUGGCUAUGGAUUCUCAAAAAAUGUGUGGUGACACCAGCAAUUCUGGUGUAUGUUUGCAAGUUUCCCUCCUAAAUGACGGAGGUUCAGAUCUUCACACUGGACAGAGUUCUGCACAUUCUUCCAAACAUUCAGAGGGUCAGUGGAUUAAGCAAAAACAAGAAUUUGAGGAGGAACAAGAAACCAGUGACACAACACAAAGUGAGGACAAUAAUGUGAGAACGCACACACAUUACUGCAAACCAGAUGAUGGUAAUGUGUGUUUACCUCAAAUAUUAGACUCUUCAGAGAUGAAAAAGCAUGAAAAACUGGAAUGCCAAAGAGCUGAAUCACAACCUCCUACUGAAGAGCAGAUCACAACCUCCAGCCCAAUUUACCUGACGCGCAAACAUAAAGGUGUGAAUCAGUGCAGCAUCUGUCUGAAGAACUUUGCGUUUCCUUCUAAGCUUGCUAGACAUAUUUUGAGCCACACAAAUAUCAGACCAUUUAAGUGCCACAUGUGCGUGAAAUCAUUUCAGUUUCGAUGGCAUUUGCAGUGCCACGUGAAGAUCCACAAGAAAAAGGGUCAGAAUAUAAUUGCUGGUCAUUCGCAACGGGAUCGUACUAUUUCUCUUAGUAAUUCUGGAAAUUCCAAAGAACAAGAUGUGCAAAUAUCUUCACAAGAUGGAGCUGAGGACUCUGCUACAGUUCGUCAAGAUCAAAAUAUGGCUAUGGGCUCUCAAAAAAGAAGUGGUGACUCCAGCGAUUCUAGUGUAUGUUUGCAAGCUUCCCUUUUAAAUGAAGGAGGCUCAGAUAUUCACACUGGACAGAGUUCUGUGCUUUCGUCCAAACCUUCAGAGGGCCAGUGGAUUAAGCAGAAAGAAGAAUUUGAGGAGGAACAAGGAUCCAGUGUCACAACACUGAAGCCCAAACAUAAAGGUGUGAAUCAGUGCAGCAUCUGUUUGAAGAACUUUGCGUAUCCUUCUAAGCUUGCUAGACAUAUUUUGAGCCACACAGAUGUCAGACCAUUUAAGUGCAACCUGUGCGUGAAAUCAUUUCAGUUUCGGUGGCAUUUGCAGUGCCAUGUGAAGAUCCACAAGAAAAAGGCUCAGAAUAUAAUUGCUGGUCAUUCGGAACAGGAUCGUACUGUUUCUUUCAGUAAUGCUGGAAAUUCUAAAGAACAAGAUGUGCACACAUCCUCACAAGACGGAGCUGAAGACUCUGCUACAGUUCACCAAGAUCAGAAUAUGGUUAAAGAGGAUAUGGCGUAUCAAAAAAUUAGUAGUGCCUGCAGUGAUUCAGACGUAUAUUUGCGAGGUACCCUUCUAAAUGAAGGAGAUUGGAAUCUUCACGCUGGACAGAGUUCUGCACAUUCUUCCAAACCAUCAGAGGGUCAGUGGAUGGAGAAAAAAGAAGAAUUUGAGGAGGAACAAGAAGCCAGUGUCACAACACAAAGUGAGGACAAAGAUGUGAGAACGCACACACAUUACUGCAAACCGGAUAAUGGUAAUACGAGUUUGCCUCAAAUAUUAGACUCUUUAGAGAUGAUAAAGCUUGAAAAACCUGAAUGCAGAAGAGCUGAAUCACAACUUCCUACUGAAGACCAGAUCAAAACCUCCAGCCCAGUUUACCUGAAGCGCAAACAUAAAGGUGUGAAUCAGUGCAGCAUCUGUCUAAAGACCUUUGCGUAUCCUUCUAAGCUUGCUAGACAUAUUCUGAGCCACACAAAUAUCAGACCAUUUAAGUGCCACAUGUGUGUGAAAUCAUUUCAAUUCCGAUGGCAUUUGCAGUGCCACGUGAAGAUCCACAAGAAAAAGGGUCGGAAUUUAAUUGAUGGUCCUUCGCAACAGGAUCGUACUGUUUUUUUAAGCAAUGCUGGAAAUUCCAAAGAACAAGAUGUGCAAAUAUCCUCACAGGAUGGAGCUGAGGACUCUGCUACAGUUCAUCAAGAUCAAAAUAUGGCUAUGGAUUCUCAAAAAAUGAGUGGUGACUCCAGUGAUUCUGGUGUAUGUUUGCAAGUUUCUCUUCUAAACGAAGGAGGUUCAGAUCUUCACACUGGACAGAGUUCUGCACAUUCUUCCAAACAUUCAGAGGGCCAGUGGAUGAAGCAAAAACAAGAAUUUAAGGAGGAACAAGAAUCCAGUGUCACAACACUGAUGCACAAACAUAAAGGUGUGAAUCAGUGCAGCAUCUGUCUGAAGAACUUUGCGUAUCCUUCUAAGCUUGCUAGACAUAUUUUGAGCCACACAAAUAUCAGACCAUUUAAGUGCCACAUGUGCGUGAAAUCAUUUCAAUUUCGAUGGCAUUUGCAGUGCCACGUGAAGAUCCACAAGAAAAAGGGUCGGAAUAUUGCUGGUCAUUCAGAACAGGAUCGUACUGUUUCUUUCAGUAAUGCUGGAAAAUCUAAAAAACAAGAUAUGCAAAUAUCCUCACAAGAUAGAGCUGAGGACUCUGCUACAGUUCAUCAAAAAAUGAGUGGUGACUCCAGGGAUUCCAGUGCAUAUUUGCAAGUUUCCCUUUUAAAUGAAGGAGGCUCGGGUAUUCAAACUAGACAGAGUAAUGCAUAUUCUUCCAAACUUUCAGUGGGCCAGUGGAUGCAGGAAAACCAAGUUAAGGAGGAGCAAGCAGCCAGUGUCACAACACAAAAUGAGGACACAGAUGUAAAUGCAAAGGUGUUGCAAAGUGAGAAUAGAACAGAGAAUAAGAACAAAAGAGUUUGUGGUUGUCCUGUGUGCCAUAAACUAUUUGAUGAUCCAUCCAAACUAAAAAGGCAUUGCCGUAUUCACACGAAUCAAAGGCCCUUUCAGUGUUCCGUAUGCUGUCAUGCUUUCAGAGAACGCUCUCAUCUAAAAGAACACAUCAGAAUUCACAACAUCCCUGUGAAGCGGAGGACAACAUCUCUCCAGAGCUAUAGAAACAAUAGUGUGCCCUGUCGUCAAGCAUCUAAGUUGAAGACAAAAUUCUCUCCAAAAAAACCAACUGCCCAAGACGAUUCAAAGUCAACAGAUAAAGAAAACUCAACAAUGCACCAAGAACAAAAUACGAUGAUUGCAGAGAAUAUGGCAUCUCGGAAAAUUAUUGGUGACUGCAGUAAUUCAGAUGCACAUUUGCAAGAUUUCCUUCUAAACGAAGGAGGUUUGCAUCUUCACACUGGACAAAGUUCUGCAUAUUCCUCCAAAACUUUAGAGGGCCAGUGGAUGGAGGAAAACCAAGAAUCUGAGGAAUUACAAGAUGCCAAUGUCACAACACAAAGUGAAGACAAGGAUCUAAAUCUGAAAGUGAUGCAAAGUAAAAAUGCUAAUGGAAACAAAAGAGUUUAUGAAUGCCCUGUGUGCAGUAAACAAUUUGGUGCUCCAUCCAAACUAAAAAGGCAUUGCCUUAUUCAUACGAAUCAGAGGCCAUUUCAGUGUUCCAUAUGUUGCCGUGCUUUUAGAGAACGCUCACAUCUAAAAGUACACGUCAGAACUCAUACAAACCCUGUGAAGCGGAGGAUAACAUCACUCCAGAGCUAUAGAGACAAUAGUGUGCUUCGUAAUCAAGCAUCUAAGUCAAAGAUAAAAUCCUAUCCAAACCAACUAACUGCCCAAAAUGAUACCAGUUCAACAGAUAAACAAAAUUCAACAGUGCACCAGGAUCAAAAAAUGGUUACAGAUAAUUUGGCAUCUCAAAAAAUGAGUGGUGGUAAUUCAAACAUAUAUUUGCAAGACUCCCUUCUAAAUGAAGGAGGUUUAGAUCUUCACACGGGACAGAGUUCUGCAUAUUCUUCCAAACCUUCAGAGGGCCAUUGGAUGGAGGAAAAUCAAGAAUCUGAAGAGGAACAAGAGCUCUGUGUCACAACACAUAGGGAGGACAAGGAUGUAAAUGUGAAGGUGUUGCAAAGUAAGAAUUCCAAUAGGAACAAAAGAGUUUAUGAUUGCCCUGUGUGCCAUAAAAGAUUUGCUGCUCCAUCCAAACUAAAGAGGCAUUGUCUUAUUCACACAAAUCAAAGGCCCUUUCAGUGUUCCAUAUGCUCCUCUGCCUUCAGAGAACGUUCUCAUCUAAAAAUACACCUCAGAACUCACACCAACCCUGUGAAGCGGAGGAGAACAUCAUUCCAGAGCUAUAGAGACAAUAGUUUCCCUUGUACUCGAGCAUCUAAGUCAAGGUUAAAACUAUCUUCAAAACAACCAGUUGCCCAAGAUGAUACCAGAUUGACAGAUAAAGAAAAGUCAACAGUAGACCAAGACCAAAAUAUGGUCAAAGAGAAUAUGGCAUCUCAAAAAUGA